UUUACGACACUUUACGACAGUGCCGCGCUGGACUAGGAGGUGGUUCCAGAGUGCAGAGUCCGUGAGGAGCAGACGCCGGCAGGACUAAAGUGUACCUGGAUGUCCCACCUGGACCACCUAGACCGCCUGGACCACCUGGACCCCCCCAUGUGCAGCAGCAGCAGGUGGUGUUUGUCCGGCCAGAGAAGCAGCAUAAGCGGUGUUAGCACUUAGCACUUAGCACUUAGCACUUAGCAGCCAAGAAGAUGGACUAUGACUUCAAAGUCAAGCUGACGGCAGAACGAGAACGUGUGGAAGAUCUCUUUGAGUACGAAGGAUGCAAAGUAGGCCGAGGCACCUACGGACAUGUUUACAAGGCCAAGAGGAAGGAUGGGAAGGACGACAAGGACUACGCCCUCAAGCAGAUAGAAGGCACCGGCAUCUCCAUGUCUGCUUGCAGAGAGAUUGCACUGCUUCGAGAACUCAAGCACCCCAACGUGAUCUCGCUGCAGAAGGUCUUCCUGUCGCACGCCGACCGCAAAGUGUGGCUGCUGUUCGACUACGCCGAGCACGACCUCUGGCACAUCAUCAAGUUCCACAGAGCCUCCAAGGCCAACAAGAAGCCACUUCAGCUUCCCAGAGGGAUGGUCAAGUCCCUGCUCUACCAGAUCCUGGAUGGCAUCCACUACCUGCACGCCAACUGGGUCCUCCACAGAGACCUGAAACCAGCCAACAUUCUAGUGAUGGGGGAGGGGCCUGAGCGGGGCAGAGUAAAGAUCGCCGACAUGGGCUUCGCCCGUCUCUUCAACUCACCACUGAAGCCUUUAGCCGACCUGGACCCGGUGGUGGUCACCUUCUGGUACCGGGCACCUGAACUGCUGCUGGGCGCCCGCCACUACACCAAAGCCAUCGACAUCUGGGCCAUCGGCUGCAUCUUUGCUGAGCUGCUCACGUCUGAGCCCAUCUUUCACUGUCGCCAGGAGGACAUCAAGACCAGCAACCCUUACCACCAUGACCAGCUGGACCGCAUCUUCAACGUCAUGGGCUUCCCUGCUGAUAAAGACUGGGAGGACAUCAAGAAGAUGCCGGAACACUCCACGCUGAUGAAAGACUUCAGGAGGAACACGUACACCAACUGCAGCCUGGUCAAGUACAUGGAGAAACACAAAGUCAAGCCGGACAGCAAAGCCUUCCAUCUGCUGCAGAAGCUGCUGACCAUGGACCCCAUCCGUAGAAUCACGUCGGAGCAGGCCAUGCAGGACCCCUACUUCUUGGAGGAGCCGCUGCCCACCUCAGAUGUGUUUGCAGGCUGUCAGAUUCCUUACCCCAAGAGGGAGUUCCUGACGGAGGAGGAGCCUGAGGACAAGGCAGACAAAGUAAGACAGAAGAACCAGCAGCAGCAGCAAGGAAACAACCACACCAACGGGGCGGGCCACACGGGCAACCCCGACAACAGCCACGCCCAGGGCCCGCCUCUGAAGAAGGUGCGCGUUGUCCCGCCCACCACUACCUCAGGUGGCCUCAUCAUGACCUCAGACUACCAGCGCUCCAAUCCACACGCUGCCUACCAGAACCCCGGGCCCAGCACCUCACUGCCCCAAAGCAGCAUGGGAUACUCCUCUACCUCCCAGCAGCCGCCGCAGUAUUCUCACCAGACUCACCGCUACUGAAGAUGGCCAUGUGACUGUUGAAGGACGCCCCCUGCUGGUCUAGGCAGGAGCCCACUGACAACGCUGCUACUUCCACGUCCUCCCUGUGUGGCCCAGGUGCAGUGAAGCAUGCUGGGAGUUGACACUUCAUUUCAUCCAGGAGAUGCAUCUUUUACACCUAUCCUCACAAUAAAAGUGCAAACUGUCA